UUCACAGUCCAAAGCCAGUUUAAUACUCUCGGCAAAAGCAACAAUCUGUAAAUCUCUCUCUCUACAAGAGGAAGACAGAUGUUCUCUCUCUACAAGAGGGAGAAAAAGGUUGUUUUCUCAGAAGUUCCAAGUUGAAUAACGCACAAACUGGAAGAUCCGUCUCUCUACAAGCUUCACAGUAUUGCCAGUGCCCUGCUUCUCUCUCUCUCUACAAGUUCCACAGUAUUGCCAGUGCACUGCUCUCUCUCUCUACAAGUUCCACAGUAUUUCGACAGUAUUGCCAGUGCCCUGCUCUCUCUCUCUCACUAUUUGAUCUUUGUCUGGUUCUCUAGAAGUUAAGAAGCUGUGAUCUCUCUCUCUAAUGGAAUUAUAAGGUGGAAGGCUUGCAGUUUGGGAUGGGGUGGAAAGAGCCGAAGCAGAGCGAGAGAGUAAAAGCAGUCCUUCAGAUACUGAAAAAACACGGUCCACUCACUGUGAAGCAGGAGAAGUUCUGUAACGAUACAUGUAUAGAACGGUUUCUAAAAGCGAAAGGCGAUAGUGUGAAGAAGGCGGCGAAGCAGUUAAAGGCCUGCCUCGCUUGGAGAGAAAGUAUUGGCACAGAUCAUUUAACAGCAGAUGAAUUCUCAGCCGAGUUAGCAGAGGGAGCUGCUUAUGUUGCUGGUCAAGAUGAAGAAGGGCGACCUGUUAUGGUUUUCAGGAUUAAGCAGGAUCAUCAGAAACUCCACGCCCAGAAAAGAUAUAUUCGUUUGCUGGUGUUCACAUUGGAGGUGGCUAUUGCAUCAAUGUCGAAAAACGUUGAACAGUUUGUUCUUCUCUUUGAUGCUGGCUUUUUCAGAUCGGCAUCGACGUACCUGAAUUUAUUGCUGGCCACGCUCAAGAUACUGUCCGACCACUACCCUGCUCGCCUCGCCAAGGCAUUUGUCGUUGAUCCUCCGACCCUCUUCUCCUAUCUAUGGAAGGGUUCACGUCCCUUCGUUGACCUGUGGACUCAAACAGCGAUCAUCUCCUCCGAUGAUUUUGAAGAAGACGACUCCUUCACCUCCCUCCCAACCCGCGCGUCCUCAUUCCGAUUUUGCCCUCCUUCCUCCACCGCGGCUGCCAUCGCUACCCCGAACCGCCUCGGCGCUUGCCACUCCUCGCGCUUCUCGUUCACUGUCUCCCCUCUCUACUCCUCCCCCUCCAUCAAACCAUGGUACCUCGACACCGUCGGAUCCAAGCGGGAUCAUGCCACGUCUCUCGGCCCAGCUCUGGUCUCACCUCUCAAUGCACGAUCGUUUUCCUUUGCUUCACCUGCCGCACGUGGGAAGCCACUGGCACAAGAGUUGAAGAGGGGAUUUAUUAAUCCCAUACCUAAUCAUAUUAACAACAAUAAGCAUUCCUUUUUUACUUCUCCAAAAAUUGCAGCUUUUUUCAAGAAAGAGGUCUCACAAGGUGGUGGGGCAAAGGAGGAGGGUUUUGAGAAGUUUUUGAGGCAUUACAGGGCGCCAUACAAUGAGGUGGCGUACAGGUCCAAGAUGAAGCCACCACUUGGAGGCCUUAUUUCCAUUGUUGCCCCUGGCCUUAGACGAAGGCAGUUCUCUUUCUCACCCCAUUAUAGGUGCUGAAUUUUUAAUUUCAAGGUCAAUGUUUUUUCUUGCUUUUCUUUCUCUCUCUAUCUCUCUCUCAAUUUUUUUGUUUUUAGGGAAUUGCUUUUUUGUAUCUAAAGAGUGGAAGUGCGGUGGAGAGGCUUUUAAUGUUUUUUGUCUUAAACUAUGGUUAGUUUGUAUAGUGGAGGAAUAAUGAGUUUUGGGAAUUUUCCUUUUUUUUUUCGGAUUACAUUAUGUGUGCAUGGACUUGUGGAAUAUGGGAAGUGGGAAGAAACUGGUUUGAGUUUGGGGGAUUUGAU